CUCCCACUCAAUGUUAGGCGUCUCAGUGAACUAAAGAUAAAGUGAAAUAUGUCAGAUGAUUUAACCAUAGCGUGUCACAGUAGUAUGUGUCUAUAGUUGUAAAUAACACUUGUCGAUGCACAUUGCCUGUUCAAACAGGCGGAAUAAAUAUAUAGUGCGACAGAUACGUCUGGCUGUCAGUUGAGCUUUGUAUUUUUUCAAGAAUAUAACUUAAAGUCAUGGCGUCUGAUUUGAGUUCCCAGUUCACAUGGAGUUUGUACCAGAAGGUUUCGCUUGGCGGAGGGAAUGUGCUAAUUUCACCACACAGUGUCGGCUCGGCGCUGAUGUUAGCCUGCCUAGGGGCUCGGGGGAAUACCGAAAAUCAGAUCGGAAAGGCUCUGGGGUACUCGGGAAACACCCCUGCGGAAUGGCACGCGGCGUUUAGUCAAAUGAACUCGCAGAUGAAGCAAUCCAGGGACGGUGACGAUGGUGUUAUUGUCGAUAUUGCAAACAAGAUGUUCGCUAGGCUCGAUCUAGACGUUUUGGAAAAGUACUCCAAAGAUGCAGACGAGCUCUACAAGUCUGGAACCGAGCUUAUGGAUUUUGCGACGAAAGCAACAGAAUGCCGUCUUGCGAUAAACAAAUGGGUCGAAGAGCAGACAAACAAUAAAAUUCAGGAUCUUCUCCAGGAGGGGACUAUUUCAGCUUCGACAAAUCUCGUAUUGGCAAAUGCGGUCUACUUCAAGGGAAAGUGGGAUAAGCCAUUUGAAGCUUCGAACACCCAACCGUUUGAUUUCUAUAAAACGGCUACGGAAAGUAUGAAAGUUGAUAUGAUGAGAAAAAAAUUCGAUUUGAGAUAUGUGUCAGAUGAGGCUUUGAAAUGUAGCGCUGUGGAAAUACCGUAUCAACACCGAACUGUUACCAUGACAAUUAUCCGACCCGACUCAGUAGAAGGACUUCCGGAGCUCGAACGGAAUCUGAGCGCAGAAAAUCUCUCGAAAUUAAUGGAGAGAGCUCGUACAGAAAUGAAAGCGAAGGUAGACCUUGGCCUUCCGAAAUUCAAAUUUACGGAAACUACUGAUCUUUCCCGAACUCUUCCAGAACUCGGCAUAACCGACUUAUUUGAUCCGUCUGCCGUCGACUUGAGCGGGAUGACAAGCGUUGAAGGUGUUGCGUUCACUGACGUCAUACACAAGGCGUUCGUCGACGUUAACGAAGAGGGAACGGAGGCGGCAGCGGCGACUGCGAUGAUUUCGCGUAUGAUGAUGAUGCCGAUUGAUGAAGUCACCUUCAUUUGCGACCGUCCUUUCUUGUUCCUCAUCACCGAUGUUGCCAGCUCGGCCGUCUUGUUCAUUGGUCGCUUCAGCACACCGUAGUUACAGCGCGCGUUAUUAAACAAUAUCAUGGAUUAGGCCUACAUGUACUUAUACUGGCUUUUUUUUAUUUUAACGUCAUUCUAAAAAAAGUGAAACGUUCGUUAACAACUUUCCUUGCGGAAGCUGUAACUCUUGAGAGGAACGCACAUAUUUAAUUCCUGUUAUUGUAAAAACACUAUACUGUUAUAAAUUGACCAAAUACUAUCGGUAGAUUCAUGUAUAAACUAUAACAAACUUAAAUAUCAUCCAAAUUUAUUCAGAUGUUCAAUAAUUGUACGUAUUUAAACUAAGCAAAAUUUUUCGUUUUGGGUAUACAUAAUUUACGUCAUAUCUUCUAUAAUUUUCUUCAUGCUUAAACUAUAUUUUCGAACUUACUGCUUUGUACUUGCGUUAUUAACCGCCUAAAUAAUUUAUAAUUACAUAUAUUUUCCAAUAAUUGCAUUUGCUGAUAUCGAUCGCAUUUGUGUUUGCAGUUGAUGAUUAUGUAUCACAUUGUGGAAAUAACACAAAUAUAAUUAAUGACAGCAUGUAAAGAGCGUUGUUUCCGUGUGUCAUCUAAAGCAUGACAUAAUAACUGUGCUGUGUAUACGUUUCCAAAUGUGUCAUGUUCAAACUAAGGGUCAUCAGCUAAUGCUUUGAUUCAUAUGAAAAGUUACUGUUCACUUAUGGUUGUUAAUUUGCACUAAAUCAGUUCGUUUCCCUACGUGGUCGAAAGUAUUGUAUAGUUCUUAAUAGUUAAUUUUCUCUACUGGAAUAAAAUCAUAUAGCAAUUGCAAA